AUGUGCAUGUAUGGAGCAGCAGGUUAGAUCACGUCGUACCUUGUCAUGUGUUCAUCUUUCCACUCCGUCCAUCUCUUUCCCUGAGAUAUUGGGCCUUGCCCAAUGCAUGGGCGGAUGACCAAUGCUGCCGAGGCCUACGAAGCGCACAAUGCCCUCGUCUUCUUUUUUUUCUGUCGCGCGUGGAUGCCCAUCGCCCACCGCCGACGCCAAACUUCAGGACCCAAUCGUGGGCUCGCGGCAAGUCGAUCGGUGCCGAUGCUAUGACGUCUGCGAGGGAGGAGAAGCAGAUAGAUGCGCUGUUCUUCAGGCCCUGGUAAGCAUCUCUUUGCUGUUUUUGGAUCGAAUCUUGUGGGAGUGUAUGGAUUUUCAGAUUUCUCCCCUUCCUUGCUCUCGAUGGAAGGAAAUAGUCACCAUGAGCAGGAUUUAAGUUUGGCAUUCGAAAAUUAGGAUCGUGAUGUUACUAUUGGGUUUAGAGAAAUUAUGAGUAGGGGGUGAUGUCAACUAAAGCAGGAUUAACCACUUAGGUACGUCGAAUUCUGUAUGAAACUUGUCUGUUCUAUUAACUUGCUGAUCAAUUUUAUAGUUUCGUAGUGAUUACGCAAAAUCAAUUUGCUCAAAAACAUUCAGGUUCCUUCCUUUUAGAAAGUUUCAACAUAUAUCUCCAGGAUCAAAGUUGAUAGAAAAUAAUGCCUUUUGGAUCAGGAGAUGAUAUCUAGUAAUAUACUGAAUCUUCUGCUCAUCGGUUUUCUUAUAUAGUUUAUGACAUUCAACUCAUUAUAUGUGCUAUGUGUAGAGCUUAGAAGAUGGUUUCAAUGCUUCAAGAACAAUUUCUUUUAUGAAGGACAUGUAUGAGGAGACACUGGAUGUGUGAAUGAUGGCCGAGGUAUACUGGCUUAUGUGAUAGUUAUUGUCAUACUACAAGAAGCAUGAACAUCUUUUAAAUAGCCAUAUAGUGAGUAGAAACGAUGUGCGUUUUGUAAAUUUCCAAGGGAGCUUAAAUAGUUUAGUAACUUCAAAAUUAUUCAAUGAGAUUUAUAUUGAUACCAUAGUGAAUAUAAUUGCAUCAAGCUAUGUUAGAGGAAUUUUUUUAAGGUAAAUGAUAAAAUAUUUCAUUUUGGAUGCACUUUACUAUACUGUUUAUUAAAAUAUUUUACAUAUACGUAUAUUGAAUAUUAUUGUGAUGUUUAUAUUGAGGGCCCCUGAUUCUAGUCUCGCCCCGGGCCCCUGAAACCUCAGGACCGGCCCUGCUCGAGAGGUUGGACAUCAUGCUCGAUGUGUCGAUGGCAAUGGAGUAUCUACACCAUGAGCAUAAUUAUAUCAUAUUGCACUGUGAUUUGAAACCUAGCAAUGUUCUAUUUGACGAGCACAUGACCGCUCAUGUGGCGGACUUUGGCAUUGCAAGGUUGCUUCUAGGUGAUGACAACUCAAUUAUUUGUGCAAGCAUGCCUGGAACAGUUGGCUACAUGGCACCAGAGUACGGAUCUCUUGGAAAAGCAUCCCGGAAGAGCGACGUGUUCAGCUUCGGGAUCAUGCUCCUUGAAGUCUUCACUAGAAGAAGACCAACAGAUGCUAUGUUCGAGGGAGAUCUAACCCUUAGACAAUGGAUUCACUGUGCAUUUCCUGCCGAGCUUGUACAUGUCGUUGAUAGCCAACUGCUUGAAGGGUCCUCUUCUCCUAGCUGCAAACUACCUAAUGGAUUUCUUAUGCUGGUGUUCGAACUAGGUUUGUUCUGCUCCUGUGACUUUCCUGAACAGAGAGUGACAAUGAGAGACGUGGUGGUGUCGUUGAAGAAGAUCAAAGCAGAGUACACUAAAUGGGCAGCAACGAGAUCAGUUACCAGUGCACCAUAGUGAUUGAUCACUCUCACAGUGACUCAGCCACUUUUUGUGCCGGAGUUUUUACCUUGGACAACUAGCACCUUCCUCUCGCCAACACCAACACUCCACCUGGGCAGGCUGGCUUAGGUGCUGGACUAUACAACUACUGAUAUGGCCAACGGUAACAGCAACAGCAACAAUCAGCUUAGGUCCGUUAAUCACGCAUGUAGUUCCGUAAGCUAUAAUUUCCUCUGUUAUAGAAGAAGUCCCAUGUAUGUUUGAUGUAUGCAAUAGGCUCUGGGUUUGCUAUUACUAUUGAUAAUCAGUGCAUAGGGUACACUUACUUCCAGCAAUGUAAUAAGUAUGAUAUCGUAAAUAA